UCGCAUGAUAUUUUAAUGUUCGCAUAUUUAUCCGGAUCAUACAACUGCUAUGAAUACAUCCGACUCAAUCAAUCGGCGAAUGAGAAAGAUGAUUUCCCUCAUCACCACAUUGCUUAUUUCCACUUCUGUCACCAGCCAACAGCAUCAGCUUUCCCGCAGCAGUAUCCUUUAAGUCCAGGGUGCUAUUCCGGGGAACAGCAUCAACAGCAACAGCAGCAGGACCUGGCCAUCGAUAGUAUUUCGAGCAAUUUUCCCCAUCGGAGAUCCCGUGCUUCACGCACAUUGAAGAAUCCUCCUCAGCCACAUAUCUGUGUCAUCAAGGGCAAGGAGGUAUUCAUCAAUGUACUCAGUCGGAUUUGAAUCGUCAAUCCAGACAACCCGGAUGCACCGAUUCCAUUAUAUACCUUAUUUUUAUUAUACAUGGAUUUUUAUUAUUUUUUUUCAAUAAAAUGAUUAAAAUCGA